AUGGAUCUCAUUAGUGCCACUGGCAAGAUUAUAUCUCUCAUUGAAGCAGGAAUCAAAAUCUCAGACCAGCUGAAGGAAAUUGCGAACUCAGAACACAAACUACCACCUGACCUGGUGAAUCUUUAUAACAAUGCGCAGCAGCUCUUGGAGACUAUAGAGGCGCUUCCAUCAUCGAGAUCCGAUUCGGUCAAUGAUGUAAAAGUUGGCUUACUGGCCGAGAAGGCGAAGAAAAUCUCGAAUAAGGUAAUCGGCAUGAUGGAUAAAAUCAACCCAGAUUGGCGGCAAAAGCGAGGGACUCCUAUGACUCUGUGGAGAUCAUAUCUAAAGCAAAACGAGCUGUGGCCAAUUAAAGAGGACUUUGGAGACUUAAGAGAGCGUAUGAAGCUUACUCUACUUGAGCUCGUCUGGAGAGUUAGCCUUGGAGAUAAGCAUAUAGUUAGUAUCCAAGGCUCAGUGCAUGAAUUCAGCCAGCGAUUGAAUAUCAUCCAAGACUCGAUAUACAACAUUGGGAAACAGGUUGGAUCGGCUUCCGUUGCUGGCGAUGAUUUCCACAGGCGAGCAGCUGAGCUCUUGAUCUUGGAAAUGAAGCUUUCGGUUAUUUCGGCGAGAUUAACAAAAGAAUUCCGAGGAAAAGACUUUAAAGCCGACACAAUAGUUGAAUCAGACCCCGGAACUUUCGAUUGGAUGACUCAAGGCUCGGAUUACUCUGAGGAAUACCCCGAUAAUCUAAAUGACGAAGAAAAACUGGCGUAUGAUGGCUGCGAUCCAGACAUGCUCAAAAAUCGGAUGGAAGCCUCAAAUAACUUUCGAUCUUUCCUACAAGAGCCAUCUGGGGCAUUUCUUAUAUUGGGCAAGCCUGGUUCUGGAAAGUCAACACUCAUGAAGCGUCUCAUGUGCAAUCCGGUCGUCUUAGAAGAUCUUGAACAGUGGGCCGCAAACAAGAACAAGAAGCUAAUAAGAGCAAUCUUCUUCUUCUCUAUCACACAAGGCAGUGGCGCAUUAUCUUCCGAGGAGAGUCUGUACAGGUCACUUUUGUUCCAAAUCCUUCACGAGUCCCCAGCUUUGGUGGAUGAGAUCUUAAUGGGAGAGGCCAGUCUAUCAGCAUCUACUCCACUUCCAUUCGAGGCUGUCCAGCGCGCCAUUCGAUGUCUCUUCUCAAACAAAUCCAAUGUGCUUGAGAAGUACUGCUUCUGCUUGUUUAUUGAUGGACUUGAUGAGUACCGAUCAAAUAUUUCGGAUCCCAAACGUGGGAAGGCGCAAAAUAAUUACGAAAUUAGUGAAUUGACGCAUCGUUUGAUGGAGUGGUGCCAAGGCGAAGCCAGCAAUACCAAGAUAAUUUUCUCGUCAAGGGUUAUACCUGCGUUGCAAAGCCGAUUUUCCGCAAAAGAAAAGAUCUUGCUACACAUUCACACCAAGAAGGAUAUACUUCAGUCUGCUUUUUCAAACUUCAAAAGAUAUCCUGAAGAAAUCCCCGAUUACAUUGAACUCAGUAAAAUAAUAUGUGAACAUGCUCAAGGUGUAUUUUUAUGGGCUCACCUUGUGAUUAAAGAUAUUCUUGAGGCCCAGACAGAUGGAGUUGAUGCUGGCACAUUUCAGGACAGAAUUAAAAACACACCAACUGACAUCAUCGACCUCUACGCCAAAAUCCUGGAUCGAGUAAAAGAGCAGGAUAGAGAGGCAUCUGCAGUGAUUUUGCGCUUAGCAGCCUUUCAGCCAGCAGGAUUUCGUCUGAACACGCUUGCUUGCGCUUGGCUGGAUAAACUCAAAGACGUCGACUUCCCAUGCAAUGAACCGGCAAAGGUGUACGACAAUGAUGAGAUUAAUCAACAUCGCAAAAGAGCCAUUAAACGUCUGGCCGCCUUGACUCACGGCCUCUUGGAGACCCAAGAUUCGAAGAAGGGGUAUUAUAAUUUGGAACGGCCCUUCUUUGAGUCAGAGAUUGUUUUCCUGCAUCGUACAGCGCAAGAUUUUGUAAGAACCCUCUUGAUGAGGGAUCAUAAAGAUGCAAUCCACGGUAUCCUUCCAUGGCUUCACGGCAGCGACAAUGUCAGCGCAGAUGAUUGGUCGCAGUGUUGGCGCACAAACCUCUUCGUUCGGGUAUUCCAUGCUGAAGUGAGGUUUGGCAUGCUUCGCGAAGACGAUAAUGGCAAGCCUCACGAGGAUCUAUGGGAUUUUGGUUUUUGGGCCGAAGACCCUGUGCAUUUGCAACUCUCGAGCUUCAAGUCUCUGUCUGAUUUCUCAUCAUUUUCGAACCGCUACAGGAGCUUUUACCUGCGCGACUUGCAUAUGCAAGUACCAUGCUUCAUUGGCCGAAUAAUUUUUCUAGGCUCAUGUGACGUAUCGAAAAGAUUCAGCGUACAACAGGCACUUUUCGAGGGCCAAGAUCCGAUCGCUUGGAUCCAAAACAGAAAUCUCUCGAGCACAAUGAGCUCUCGCCUGGCUCUUGCUUAUAUGGCACUACAUAGCAUUCCAAACUCUGUGGGCCUGGAUGGGCUCAAAUGGCUGCUACAGAACAAGAUGGUUUGUGCCACUGACAGGUGUCUUGUAUGGCACAUGAAUAACGUCUCUCACGCCGUGGAUGAAUUAAAAAAAGCUAUUAGUGCUGACCAAGGACAUGUUGACGAGGACUGUUCCUGUGGGUUUUUUGAUGCCAGUUUCGUUCAGAAACAUGGCACAUAUGUUCAAAUAUGGUUAUUUUUCCUGUAUAGGUUUGGAAACGUAAUUGAGACUGCGGCAAGGCAGCGCACCAUCAAAGAGCAAGGACACUGCCAGAUGCUGGAACUGUGGCUGCGAUACGGCGCAGCAACCGACGCUAUCAUACUCAUUACAUUCAAAGACAUUGUUUCUAACAAAAACAUCGAAGCCGAAGAUAUAUUCUAUGUUGAAAUUGAGCAGCUUCUUCACGGUCACAGAUUGGGUACUGUGGGCAAGGAGCUAUCACCCUCGUUUCCAGGAAAAGACAAAAGCGUCCACCGUUCCUAUUCGGAACAGAUAUCGACAUAUGUCUACCCAAGAGCUUUGUCGGCGGGGUUGGGACGUAUACGGGGUCAUUUCUGA